GAUUUUCUUAAGGAAUUGUGUUUCACUCCUGACUGUAGAGGCCUUAUUUCCAAAAUAGUUAUUUUCGGUUCUUCUCGUCAGAUAAAAUGUGAAUUUGAACAAAAAAUCCCCAAACUUAAGGGACCACCAAGACCCUGUAUUAAACAGAAAUGCUCAAGUCCUAGAAAGUUAAAAAUUAAGCAAGACAAGAAACUGGGAAGGAAAUGUGCACGGGAGAAGGCUCGGAAUGGGACCAGAAAGAAAGGAGAGGAAAACCAGCAGGGAAAGGAACAGUCUCAGUACAGUCAGCACAGUGGUUAUGGUCAGGAUUUCUGUGCUGGUGAUUGGGUCCUGCAACACAUCACUUGGAAUGCUGAGGAGCUCAAAGUAGCAGUUCAUAAUGCUUCUAAGUUAUUAAAGGAGUUGCUGUCGUGGUUUAUAAUCAGUGAGGAGGAUUACAGCUCAUACUCUAGAACGAGCAGCACUGCACAUGACCUGAUGCAGCAGCUCAUCAGUUCCUUCAUUCAGGAGAAGAACAGAGUCAAAACAAGGGGGUUCAUCUAUGUGCUGAGUCAGCUGGAAGAAGUGGACCCCAAAUUACACAAGUGGCUGGAACAUCUUAACACCUUGGGUCUGACAGCUACAGAAGACUUUGUCCUUCAACAUAGACAAUUGCUGCAAGAGCUUGACCUUUCUGUUUUAACCACCCUCUGGAAUCACAAGUAUGGUAAUAAGUUUGACUACGUGACAAUUAAUUCAGAAGCCCAAGAAAUCCGUGAUUAUUUCCUCAAACCACCCCUAGAGAAAACUCGUUGUUUUAUAUGGUUGUUAGAGGACAACAGAGAACAUUUUCCACAUCUUCAUCAAGCUUUGGAUGAGUUCUUCGAUAAGAUGGAUAACCCAACUAUUAUAUUAAAGAAGCAGGAAAAUGAAAAUAUAUUGACUAAUGAUAUCAAAGUUAAAAACAAAAACAAGAAUAAGAACUUGAAAGACUCAAAGUCUAUUUUAGUAUUAUCCAGUGGAGUUAGCACAGCACCACGGGAGGAGAAGAUCCUUAUAGAAGAAAAUACUAUGUAAGUCCCAUCAUAUGAACCAUUUGUAAUCCCAGAAAAUCUGCAGGAGCAAGUGGCAGAAUUUGAAGCUCUCUAUGAGCGUUCAAACAGUGCCAGUUAUCAAAGGCUAUUGGAUAAUACCCCAGAUCAAAUCUAUGAGGAUAUAUAUGAGUAUUUCUUUCAGAUUUUGGAUGUACAUGGCCCUGUGGAAAUGAAUAAUAAGUUACUUACUGGGGAAUAUGAAAAUUUCCCCGCGGAAGCUCAAAGGGUUGUGGAAGAGGAAGGUGGUCUGAAGCGUUUCCUCCUCAAAUCCCCUCGUUUCAUUCUGGUGGAUAAUCUCAUUGGGUUAAGAAAACAUGCAGUUCUUUUUGAAGGAAAUACAUACAGAAAUGAGACUGGAGGUAAUGAAAAUUAUAUAGCUGAUGUGCAAGGAAAUUCUUCCCAGAACAAGCUACAUUUAAAUCCAGAUGCUGAGGAGUUCCAGCCACGCUUUUAUCCUCUCCAACCCUAUAUAUCACCACCUACUGACUUAACAGUAGCAAGUUAUAAGACUUUACCACGUUUGCCCUGUUCCUUUCCUGCUUCCUCUACAUCUGAGCUUUCUUUGCAUAGUCACAGUAUUGAUUCCAUAGCAAACAAGUCCUUUCCAGACAUAAUAGGCUUUGAGUCUAAAAAUCCUGUUAUGUUUUUGCCUCGCACUUCCUGGGGUUAUCAAUAUGGAAGAAUAUUGCCUGUGGCUUCUCCAGUGCCUCUGGGAUCACCUGUUGCCAGGCAACCUGGGUAUAUUUAUGCUGAUCAUGUAACUCAUCAGGAUAAUCAGGAAUUGGCCAUUUCAGACAGAAAAUACAUCUGUGGAGGUUUUAUACCAACCGAAAUCCAAACCUACCAAGAGCGUUGGUGCCAGGUGGAGAGCUCUGGUAACAAGUUUUAUGAAGAUCAUUUUGCUGGUGGAAGUAGUGGAAAUGAAGCUGAUAGUGGUAUAGAGGUUAUUAAGAUGGAAAAAGCAAGCGGAAGUGUGGCUGUAACGAAGAACAAUCCUCACACAAGGAUGGUAGCUGUUCAGGUAAAUCAGGAAGUAGCUGAUAUGGAAACUAAUACCUUACCUUAUCACCCAUUUGAAAAUCAACAAGGAGAUAUUCUGCGUGUGGAAAAGGAGCAUCAGGUGUUAAAAGAACAACUUAAAGAAGCAGAGGAAAAAUUUGACCAGUUACAAAGUCGAAGUUUGGAGGAAACUGGUGCUUCAGAAGAGCUCCUGAAGAAAAGGACUGAGGAGACUAAGGUCUCAAAGAGUGAACUGGAUUGGUUUCAUCAAGAUUCAGAGACACAAAUGAAAAAGUGGCAGCAGGAGAAGAAAGAAAGUAAAAAGAACUUAAAAGUACUAAGGGAUGCAGUUAAAAAGCAGACAGAUACCAAUGAGAGGUAUUUGAAGACCAUUGACGAGAAGGAAAAGAAAUAUAAUAUAUAUUUAGAUACAUAUCUUGAGACCAGUAAUAAAUUUGCUAAUGAGAAAGUAAAAUUGGAAGAGCUUAUAAAAAAGAGUCAAGAUGACUACCAGGAGUGUGUGAAAAGAGCUGUUAAAGCAGAGGUAUUAGUACUCCAAAACUGGAAGGAAACUGAAGUGUGGAAGCUCAAUAACCAUGUGAGCAAAGGGGAGGCAAUUCUCAAGGUGCUCAAGUCCCUGAGCAGCAGCUCAGCCUCAGCAGCUGCUGCACUGAAGUCACAGAUUGAUGCCUGGGAAAUGUAUAUUUCAAGUGUCAAGAAACAAGUAGAAAAAGUAGAGGCUGAGUAUGAAGCAAAAAUUGAGCUGGUGAAAAACGGUGCCCAGAAUUGCCUCACUAAAGUGGAAGUUGUGGAUAUUCCUUAUUCCGGUGUUUUGACAAUUCCAGUCGCUGAUCCAGCCAUUGUCACCUGUUCCUCUGCAUCUGCACAUCCCAGUUUGCUUGCUGCAUUUUCAAGUUCUGAAGGUCAAGACCCAGCACAACCUUCACGUCCUGCUGAGCCUGGAGUGAAGCCAACACAGGCCAAUCCUGAGGCUUGUUCUGCAAGUGGAGGAUCUGUGAAAACACAUCCCAAAGCUCCUGAAGGAUCAUACUCUGAUAAAGUCUCACCAUCUCGUCCAUCAGGAGUUCCUGGAAGUAACCCUCAGCAUGUCCAGCCAAACCAUAACCACCAAGAUGCCUCAGCUCUGCAACAGAGACCUGCUGGGCUUCCAAAAACACUGGAAAAGAUGAUUGCACAGCUCCAGAGUAUAUUCCCAAACUACAGCAGUUCUGACUUCACUAUGUUCAUAAGAGAUGUCCAAAGAAGAAAUGGGAACACACUGUCAGGUCUGAGCGUCCAUGAAGUCCUAAACCGAGUGACAGAGCUCAUCCUGGACCAGCAGAGUCAGGCCUCCAGUGAGGAUCCCUGCACUAUAUGCCAUGAUGCUAUGAGCAGAGACUCCUGUGAGCUGGAAUGUGGACACCAUUUCCACAGAGAGUGCAUCACCACGUGGCUCAAGGAACAUUCCAGCACCUGUCCCAUCUGCCGUGUCCACGCUCUCCUGCCUGAAGACUUCCCUGAACUUCCUGCAUGGAACAAGUACACCUAA